AUGGAGAUAAGCGAUGAGCCCGUUGCAAUGGCCACGGUGGCACCGAUGGCACCGGCGACAGCUCAACGUCAUGUUCGAACUGACCUUGAGUCGUGCAUUCCUAAGCCAUACAUGGCUAGAGCCAUGGCUGCACCUGACACACAACAUCCCGAUGGUACACCAGAUCACAUGACUCGGGGGAUGAGCGUCCUGCAGCAACAUGUAGCCUUCUUUGAUCAAGACAACAACUACAUUGUUUAUCCUUGGGAGACUUACACCGGAAUGCGUUAACUUGGGUUCAAUAUCCUCAUAUCUGUGCUAGCUGCUCUUAGUAUCAAUAUGGGGAUGAGUUAUCCCACUCUUCCUGUAAGUUGUUCAUCUUCCUCAAUAAAAAGUAAAUCUCUACAUCUACCAGCUUUUUUUUUUAAAUAUGGAAUUCUUUUGAAAGCAUAGGAGGGCAAGGGGGCAGUUUUUUUAUUGAACUUAAAUAUGAAUUUAGUCGCUAUCUAAGAUAGUGGCUUUAGAGUUGAAGUCCCUAUCUCAGAUAGCGAUUUUAGUCGCUAUCAAACAUUUGGAAUAAAGUUCAGUAGGUUGAUCUGUUGGUGUUUUUCGACUGACCCUAGCUAGGACAUUG